AUGGCUCUCAGCAAGGCGGGAUCACUGAAUCUCAUCAAUGCGACUCCUUUCGACUGGAGUAAGAUAUACGACCAUUCAUAUCAGAUGUCCGAAUGGGACUUCCCAGAGCAGGUUAAAUCCGGCGAUAUUGUCAGCGUCGAGGUUGACUGGAGUGUACUGGGAAGUCGUGAAGACUCCGCAGGGGAAGCAUCCUACAGCUUCACGACAGAUACUGGAGAAGACGCGGAGCUCCAAUUCAAGGCGACCUAUGACGGCAACAGACAGUUCCACGUUCUCUACGAGAACUCGUCGACAUUCGGCAACCCACCAGGGUCAACGGCGGACCUCCAAUGGUCAAAAGAUGCCCCCAAUCCCUAUGUGUUCUCAGGCCAACAGCAGGCCUCGUUUGCUUCUACAAAUCCGCCCUCAGACUGGAUGCAUCAGAAUCUUCCGUCGAUAGGUUGCCAAACACUCUCACGCCUGUGCCUGCCCGCCUCCCACAAUUCCGGCAUGUCUUCGCUAAAUGGAAAAACUGCAUUCGCCACGAACGAGAAUACCCUCUGCCAAAACACGGACCUCCUCGGUCAACUCAGUGCCGGCUUCCGCUACUUCGACAUACGGCCCGUUAUCGCUUCUGGGUCAUUCGCAACCGGCCAUUACUCUUCUGUCUCCGCCGAUGGCAUCGGCAUUGACCUCCCUCCCCUACCUUCCGGGCUCCCCGAUUUCAUAUCGAAUCCCAUAGACGACAUCACCGAUGGCUCCUUCCAAGGCGGCAACGGCCAGUCCAUCGCCUCCAUCAUCUCGCAAAUCAACGACUUUCUAGCCAACAACUGGGAGCUCGUCAUCAUCAACCUCUCCCACACGAUGGACACGGACCACGACUACGUGCGCCUCUCCCAAGACCAACUCGAAGACCUCUUCGAGCAGCUCCUCGGCCUGAAGCACCGCUUCAUCGCCCCCCAGGACGUCACGGACCUGACGGCGCUCCCGCUCGAGGACUUCAUCAAGGAUGGCCCCGCCGUGCUCAUCAUCCUCGACAACGCACAGGCCGGCGAGGACAUGAAACCGGCCGCGUUCGCCGACCAGGGCUUCUACACCGACGCCCACUUCCCCGUCUACAACCAAUUCGCCAACACGGACAACGUCGACGACAUGUCCCGCGACCAGCUGAAGAAGAUGAAUGACGAGGCGCCCCAAAAGAACGACGGCGGCCUCUUUCUGCUGAGCUGGACACUGACGACGCCGCUGGACAUCCGCGCCAGUAGCAUGGCGGCCAACGCACGGCUGUUCGCGGAUGUCUGGCCCGUGACGCGCGACAAGGGCAAGGCGGACAGAGUCUUCCCCAAUCUGGUCAUGGUGGAUGGCGUUGGGAGGAAGGGCUCAGCAAUCAAGGCCGGAGGCGUCGCUGCGCUGUGUAUGGCGGUCAAUAGCUGGGUGAAUGAUGAUUGUCGCGCCAAGAAGCGCUGA